AUGUCUUCAGAAAGACCACUACCAACGUCGUCAACGGAGCUUCGUCGUCUAGUUGUUCUCAUCUCCGGCUCUGGAACGAACCUCCAAGCUCUCAUCGACGCUCUUCCCUCAUCCUCAUCAGACUCAGCAGACUCAUCCAAACCUCUCCUCCCCCAUACGAUAAUAUCUCUCGUCGUGUCAAACCGAAAAGCCGCUUACGGCCUAACUCGCGCCCAAAAUGCGAACCCACCAAUCCCAACCGCCUACCUGGCCCUCCAACCCUACCUAAAACAAAACCCAGGAAAGACGCGAGAAGAUUACGAUCGCGAGGUGGCGAAGCUCGUCUGUGGAGCUCGGCCGGACGUCGUAGUGCUCGCGGGAUGGAUGCACGUACUCAGCCAAGUCUUCCUCGAUGUUCUCGAAUCAUAUACCGCUUCCGCCUCAUCCUCGCCGUCAUCCUCACAUCCUAAAAAAGUCGAAGUCGUGAACCUGCAUCCCGCCCUUCCCGGCGCUUUCGAUGGCUCCAACGCUAUCCACCGCGCCUAUGCAGCCUUUCAAGCUGGCGAAAUUAAACACUCGGGCGUUAUGCUCCAUCGGGUGGUUAAGGAGGUGGAUAGGGGCGAACCGGUAGUGGUUAGGGAGGUGGAGAUUAAGAAGGGGGAGAGCGAGGAGGAGUUCGAGAGGAGGGUGCAUGAGACGGAGUGGGGAGUUGUGGUGGAGGGUGUGAGAAGGGUUUUGGACGAGGUUAGGCCUGUGGAAUGAUAGAUACGCGAGAUGGCGUUAGUGGACUACUACUAGUUGGAGGGUGGAGAGGAUGGAAUGGAAGAUACUAAAUAUGUUGCCAACCACAAUUGUUGUAUCAAUAUACACUUAUUCAGAAGUUAAGACUG